GGAGUAGCUGGGGAGCGAGAACUGCCCCUUUAAGCGCCUGCUGGGGCGUGGGCCGGGCGCAGUGCGCAUGAGUCCAGUGGCCGGCGGCGGGUGUCCCUGCCCCCGGGGAGGGCUGCUCGGCUGGCGGCGGACGGCGCGGGCCGGAGAUGAACAUGGUGAGCAGCUGCACAUAAGGCAUUGACCACUUUCUACACUGCCUAACAAACUUGCUUUGGAACAAUCUUUCUUUGGGGUGGGAUGCCGAGAAAUUUGAUGUUGGACUUUUCAGAAAUGGCAUCUGAAAUCUCACCAAAGUGCAGACUCGAGAGCUUUGAAAGAAGUGGGAGCUUGGAGAGUCAAAGCAGCAACUCUAGGUGCAGAAAUUUUACCUUGGAUGAUGAGAGUCUCCAAUAUCUGACCCAUGAGGAGAAGGAUGUUCUCCGGUUUUUUGAAGAAACGAUUGAUUCUUUAGAUGAUGACUUGGAAAAACAGGUCCUACAUGACAGCGGUAUUCACUGUCACUCCCCAAGAUCAACGGACGAAAAUGUUUCCAGCCAUUCAGAAUCUGAAGAUAUCAUUGACUUGGUGCAAUCAACCCUUGAGAACAGUGAUCACAAGUGUACUCUGAACAGAGAAGUAACACCAGUUUCAGAGACUGCCAGGAGAACAGAUGGUCCUAAACCAGAGAGCAAUGAGCUGCCUGAGAAGAUUCCACCUCCCAAUGCUCCCCCAAGCCAGCCUUCAGCUCCUCCAUUGAUGAGCGAUGAGAGAGUUCUUGCUCCAUGCCCAGUGCAGCACCCCAAGCUUCAUCAUGCCAUCCCCACUCCACUUAUCUUGGCUCAGAAAAUGUCUGAGAAGCAAGAUGAGACCAGGACAUGCUCUCCCACUUCCCCCAAGGAGGAGAAGCCUAUGGAGACGAGGAAAGCCCCAGUGCAGAAUGGAGACUGUUUCCCAGCCCCUAAGCACCCUCCACUGCCUGGACCCAAAUCCUACCGGUUUCCAAGUAAUAUCAACAUAACCAAUGCAGGUGGGAAAGAAUUCAACCAAACUAUCUCUAAGGCAGCAGUCAAUGUGCAGGUGCGCAAGGCCCAGGUGCUGGCCAACAUGAACGGAGCAGCCUUUGGGACAGCUGAAAUAGAAGAGAGGUGGCAGAAGAAUGAGCUCUUGGUUCGCAACAGAAGCUCCUCAUUAAGAGAUCUAACUUCUGAGCAAAUACGAUACGACGCUCUGACUAAACUAGGCCUGGUGAAGGGAAGGCCAAGUCUGGUCCAACAAUAUCCUGCCCCAAACACGCAGAAGAUACAGGACUUUCAGGAAGAACAGGGAGAGACUGUUUUUAAUGGGUAUCAAAAUAGCCACACAACCUUAAAAUGCGAUCCCAGCCCUUUCCUUCCUAUGGGCAAGACCAUGAAGUUCAAACCAGACACAGCUCUCACCAGUGACAAGGUUGCUCAACAGAAUGUUGCCAAAAACUUUUAUGACCAUGGGCAGCCCGAUUUAAAUCUGGAUAUGAGAAAGAGAUCAGGCUCACUGCCUAGACCUUCGGGAUUUCGACCCCAGGGCAUAACAGUACAGUUUUCCGGCCGAGGCUCAACAGAAGAAGCCAGGAAAGAGGCUCUUCGGAAACUGGGGCUGCUGAAAGAGACAAAGUGAAAAUCUGAGGGGACAAUCCUGACACCUGGGGGCAAGCGAAUGGAUUGGCUUUGUGUUGGAGUAGUCAAACAGAAUCAGGUUUAUAAGGAAACUGGGAGAACAAAGGGCAGUUCUCUGCUCCUGCAGCCCAAGGAGGUACUAAAUACUGUGCAAUUGCAGGGACUCACUAUCUUCACACCAAGAAUGGCACCCCAGAGAGUCUGCAGUGGGUUCAACACUACAUCCCACCAAGUUACCUGUCUGAUGUUCAGUGACUUGUGAAGACUUUUUUUUUUUCUUUCUAAAGUCCUGGAUGUAGCAGAGGGCAUUGCGUUAAUGAAGUGUUCUGUGCAGUAUUUUUUUUAAUGUAUGUAGAUGACAAAUCAAAUGGAGGAUUUUCCUUAUGCUGUACCAUUCUGAAGCCAAAAAACAGAUAGGGGUGGGUGAGUGGGGGUGUGUGUGUGAUAUAAGUGAAGUCUUCAACCUAUGUGACAAAAUUCUAUGACUUUCUUUCUUUCCUAUCAUAUUUUAUUACCCAGCUCUGCCCACAUCGAGACAUAACAGGUGUUGGGAUCUUCCUAAUCCUCACUCUUCCCAAAAUCUCAGCUCAAACACGUCUGACUUGUGCCUCUGCACAGAGGGUGGCUUCUUGUUUGGCCUUCUCUUGGACAUGGAGGUCCAGGCUUGCAGUGGGUAACUGCAUUGUUCUGCCACUCUAUUUGAACGACACCUCUCCUCCUAAGCAGGUGCUUCUUGAGCGUUUAGUGACCUACUGGGUGUACAGUGAAAGGCAUCUGCUAGCUCUUAAGGAUACAUGCAAUGUGUUCAUUGUGUUCCUCUGACAACCAAAGAGUAACUUGACAAUCGUAUAAAGGUUUAGUUUCCUACAAGAAAUGAUGACCAGAGAAGCCAUAGGAACAAGUUAACUUUGUACCCAGAAUGAGAACCUUGUGUUUAAUGUCUUACUUUAAACAAGAGUUCAGUGGAGGAAACCUCAUUGCUCUGAAACAAUAGUUCUACUCCACUGAGCAGCUGUGGCUCAGUACUGUUACUUUUAUUAACUGACAACUGUUUUUUCUGAGUCUUUUCUAUGCUCAUCCCUAUAGUGUGAGAGCCCUAAUAAUUCCCAAUUCAGAAAUGUACGUUUCUUUGCAAAAAUCAGCUUACCCUGCUAACGCACCACCAAAGUUAUAACCAGAAUCCUUGUACGUUAAACAGAAUUAAAGGCACUUGUAUUUUCCAACACAUGAAGACUUCCAAAACUCUGUCCAGUUGCCACUUUCCUGUGCCCAGCAGACAGACAGUUUAAAAGUGGUGUGAAAAUAUUUAUUUUUUAAAUUUUAGAAGAGAUUUAUGUCCCAUAUGGCAAAGUUACUCUUCCUAAACAAAAUAACUCAUUUUCUCCUUCCAUACGUAUCCCAAAAUACUUUAAGAAUAGAAGCUUGUUUGGAAUCUAAUGACAAAGUAUCUGAAUCUAUUUACUCAUCUUUAUUUUUGUACAUUUGUAAGAGGCCCAAAACUUUUAAUUUCUCCUAAAGGGAAAGAUAAACCCAGUCUCCCUCACACACACACACGCACGCACUUUUUUUUUUUUAAUGUAGCCUGUAGCAUUUUUUUUCUUUUCCUUUUUUUAAAUGGCUGAGUUAUAAAUCUUGGAAAAUAAGAGGUGUGGUUACAAUGGAGACUAACACACCCUCUAUUAUAAAGUUUCUGACAACUGUGAUAAAUGUUUCUGUAUUUCCUUGAUGGAAAGUUUUUAAGCAACACUUUUUCUGAGUAGAAUUUAUAAAUGAAGCUUUUGUGAAGGAAAAUCUUUUCAUAAUAGUUUACCUGCCUCAUAAGUUAUAAACUCAUUUUUUUAAAUAGUAUUUAAUCAGUUUUUAUAAUUGAUUGCAUAGGUUAUGGAAUCUGGCUGGUUUUAUUAUUUAAAUGAGGGAUUAUUUCUUCAGACUUUUAAUACUUGGAUUUGAAAUCGUGUUCCCUGUUGUAGCAGAUGUUGUAAGUAAUUUUGAAAUAGACUGACUAUUCUUCAAGCAAGCAAAGCACUUAAGCAUGUGCUUAGUUCAAUACAUGACUAGAUCCACUGAAGCAAAUGAGACUACUUGCAUGCUGAACUUUCAGCAUGUAUUUAAGUGCUUUGCUGGAUCUGAGAAUCUGGUCCCAAUUCAGGACUGUAUUUAAGCAUGUGCUUGGGACUUAAGUGCUGUCCUGAAUAUAAGCCUAAGUGUGGGUAAUGCAUUGCUAAUGCAUUAAACGUAUAAUCUUAACCAUUUUUUAUUUCAAAUACUACUUUUUCUACAAGCAAAUCAAAUUGAAGUGUUCCACAGCUUUUAUGCAUCAAACUUUUGAAUCCUAGUAAAGAAACACUACAAAUGCCAAACCUAUAUAAACCAUUUUUACAUUUUAUCACAUUUCUCUCAACAGUAACAAGUAUUGAUCUUAAAAAGAAAAGGAGUACUUGUGGCACCUUAGACACUAACAAAUUUAUUAGAGCAUAAGCUUUUGUGAGCUACAGCUCACUUCAUUGGAUGCAUUUGGUGGAAAAAACCAAAAUGAAUACAGACUAACACAGCUGCUACUUUGAAAAGUAUUGAUCUUGUGCUUCAAUUUUUUAACAGGUGAGAUCACCCUCUAACAAUU